CCCCCACCACUAGCCUUUUCCGGUCGACCUGCUUCAUCAGAUGGGCCAUCUUUUCCUGCUCCUGCUAGCCCUCCUCCUCGCUGCUUCCGCGCACGCUUCCACCCACGGCCAUGGCAAAGCUGCUUUCGCUGAGGAUAAGAGCAUCGCGGGCAUCGUAGGCGUGAUCGGAUCAAGGCCGCCGAGCUGCGCGGGGAGGUGCAGGUCCUGCGGGCACUGCGAGGCGGUGCAGGUGCCCAUAUCACCGCAGGAGAUGCGGAAGAGGAAGAAGAAGCUCGGCCAUGGCAGCAGGGCGGCGGCCGCUGCUGCCGCUGGUGGGAGGGCGAUGCCGGCCUCCUACGAUGACCACUCCAACUACAAGCCGCUGAGCUGGAGAUGCAAGUGUGGGCGGCUCAUCUUGGACCCUUGAAACGUGCUGCCCACAUUGUUAGAAGCAAUCAAUGCAAGCGAAUCUUGUGGAUAUAAUGUUAGUAAUAGUGUAGGAUCUCUUGGAGUUGGUGGUGAUUUGUUCUCCACUUCCUCGUAUGAUCGAGGAGUUGUUCUCCCUUUUGCAACGCCGUGCUGAUUCAUAUGGUUAGCGGUGAUCACUGGAGAAAUCGUGCGCUCCCCCUUACCCCUUUGCCAUGGCCGGCUGGUUGCUCUGCUUGUUGUUCUUGGUUCAUGAUGCCACCGAGCAAAUGCGCGGCAAGCUGCAAUGAAGUAGAAUCUUUGCAGUA